AUGAAGCAUCGGCAGAAGAAGCAUACAAUGCAAUUAAACAAAUUAAAUUGCAAGGGGGAUAAUGAGAAUUUAAUAGGCGAUUCUAAUGCAAUAGAAGUAUAUAAUUUUGUAUGUAAUAAAGUUGGUAUUUUUUAUAAAUAUCAUGGAAUGACAUAUAAACUAUACCAGAAACAAAAAGACGCUAUUAGAAAUAGAACACGACUAAUUCAUAUAGAUAAUAUGCAUGAAAUCCGAGCACACAAUAAACUGUUAGGGGGUGAAAGUUUUAAUGCUCAACAACUUUUUAAAUCUAUUGCACAGAUAAAAAACAUAAAUGAAAUAGAAAAUAUUGGCUCUACUCAUGUUAUUGACAUAGAUGAUAUAAAAUACACUGACAUAUUCACUGAAAAUAACACAUUACUAAGCAUAAAAGACCAUUAUCAUGUGCAAUUUGUAGACAAUGAAUGGCACACGGUUACAAUGGUUCAUCUUCCCUACUACACACAUAGGCAAAAAAAUGGUACAAUUAUAAACUAUCAGUUUCAUACAAUUAAAGACAUAAUAACUCAUUUAAAAUAUACUUUUAAUAUAAGAAGAAAAGGUAACCAUUAUAAGAUUGGAGAUGUGUAUUCAUUUAAGUACUGCAAGCAGGAUAAAACAUGGUCAUUAAUAACCGAUGAAUCUGAUUUAAACAAAACCAUUAUGUCAAUAGAAAGUGAAAACUAUAAUGUAGUAUUCUAUUACAUAAAAGAAAAUAUCUAUGAAACCGAGUUCUGUUUUGCACAGUUUGUGUAUUCAUCAGAAGUAAAAAAUAAUGUUAAGGAUGGCAAUGUGAAAAAGACACGGAUUCCACUUUUUCUUUCUAAGUUUAUGGUUUCUGGUGCUGUGCUUGGACCUUAUGACAAGAAUAGUAUUAACUAUCAUGUAUUCAAAUUGGGUGAAUAUAAAGACUUAAUACCAAUUGAUUACACAGAGAUUUAUACUCCUCCAUUUUUUAAGACUAAUUCAAGUUCCUCUGGCUCAAAGACAAAUGAUUCAAGCUCUUCUAAGUUACGAACCGAUGAUUCAAUAUCAUUAAUAAUUGAAAGACAUAUGAAAGAAAGUGAUCUAAACUAUGCUAUUAAACACUAUUAUAGCGACUUCUUUAUACGAAAUUCAACAGACUUCUAUGAAGACCCUCAGUGUUACUACAUGAAUAUUCAAUCAGAAAUUAAUAUUGCGGCUGGUAAUAUAAAUAUAACUUGGAAUACAAGAAUUUAUGAAAGCGUCUAUGAGUACACAACAUACAAGUUUGACAGCAGAAUACGAGAUGAAAGAACGCGCAUGGGUGUUAUUAAUCAACCUGCCCAUAUUUCUUUCAUUGGCAUGCUACAGCGCAAAAAUCCUUCUCUUAAUACAGCAUUAUAUGGACACUGUUUCUACAAAAGCCGAACUGAUAUUGACUAUAAAACCAGUGCUAUUUACUGUCUGACUAUGAAAGAUCUUUUAGAAAGAAUGAAUGCAUAUUUAAUGGAUAUAAAUACAAAGGAUGAAAUAAUCGAUCCUAUCUCGGGCACGGUACUUAAUAAAAAGGACUAUGACCCAAGAUUCAUUCUAAAAGACAUUUCAAGUGCUAUUCAAAAUAGCAAACUACAAGAAAUUAGACAAAGUGAUGAAGGAAUUAUAUCCAUAAGAGACAAUAACUACAACGGCUGUAAAUAUGGAAUCCACUAUGAUAUUUUAAAUACUUUAAUUAAAACCUACCCCAUCACACGAGAAUUACGUUUACAAGAACUUAAAAAACUAUCAAAAAAAACUUAA